GCCCGCCCCUCCCCUCCCCUCCCGCCGCCCGCCCGGCCCGCGGCGGGGCCGCCAUGGCCAUCUGCCAGUUCUUCCUGCAGGGCCGGUGCCGCUUCGGCGAGAGGUGCUGGAACGAGCAUCCCCGGGGCGGCCGCCACGGCGCCCCCGCUCCGCAGGGACCAGGUCCUGGCAGAGGAGGAGGAGGAGGAGGACAGAGUACCAGUAACCAGAGACACACUAAUGUUAUCCAGCCAUCUACUUUUAAGUCUAAUGCAUGGGGUGGCAGCAGAGAUCAUGGAAGAGAAUUUUUUGGCUCCUCUGAUUUUGGAUCGUCAGGCAGUGGCAGCAGCAGAAAUGCAGACUUUUCGCAGAACAGAUUCUCCGCAUUAAUGAACAGUCAAAAUAUUGCUGGUGGCUAUAAAGAUGAAGAGGAGAGACUUCUUGAAAGUGUAAUGAAAGACUUGGAAAUUUGGGAAUCUUCAGGACAAUGGAUAUUUUCAUCUUAUUCACCCAUGAAGGAAAAGCCAAAUGUUUCAGGCUUUCCAGAUUUCUCACCAGAAGAGUUGCGCCUGGAGUAUUACAACUGCAGAGCAAACAAUGACAUUCAGAACUAUAUAAACUCUGUCCAAGAGUUAGCGAAACAAUGGAAAAAGCGGCUGGUUGAGUUGAAGGCUUUAAAUGCAUCGACAAAAGCAGCUUUGCUAUCUGAAUUAAAGAACACAGUCACUCAACCGUUGUCUGCCUUUGGUUUUGGAGGACAGCAAAUGUCAAGCUUUGGGUUGUCAGGCUUUCCUGUGAACAGCAGCAGCAACACUGCUAGCAGUUUCUCCUUUAAAACAAGUUCCAAUCUCAUCAGUGCAUCAUCUGGAAACAUGCCUGCUUUUGGGAGCUCUUCUGCUCCUGCAUUUGGUGUGACGACCUCUCCUAGCGUAUCCCAUUCUGUUGGUUUUGGCACCGUGGCUGCUCCAUCUGCAGCCUCCUUCUCAUUUAAACCUUCUGAAUCAACUACCGGUUUUGGAAGUUCUGGGUUUUCAGGGUUUGGCAGUUCUGCUGCUGUGAAGUCUUCAAGCCCCGCUCCACCUAACGCCUUUGGUGCUCUUAAUGCUGCAGGAGCAGCUUCUCCCUCACGUUGGAGCAGUACUGGAUUUGGACAGACUGCCGGUUCCUCUGGACAUAAUGUAACAUCAGCUUCUUCUGCAGGCACAAACAAUACUACAUCAGAAAAGUUACAUACACCAAAGAGUGAAUUAUCAGCUGAAGAGCUGAAACAAUUUGAAGCAAAAAGGUUUACAUUAGGAAUGAUUCCUCUUAAUCCACCACCAAUAGAACUUCUAAAUAUUUAAGACUUUGUUGUGUUUGUUCUGAAGUUUAUUCUGAAAUAAUGUUUUUGCAUCUUCUCCAGUACCUCAAACUGAACAGUUUUGUGGUCGAGUAAUGAAACAAAAUGUUUCCAUUUGAGUUAAUUUUUGUUUUAUCUCCAGGUUUUGCUGCAAUGGUAUGCUCAGGUAUAAACAUUUGAACAUUGUGUUUUAUUGUUUCUUAGCUGGUUUGGAAUUGAUCUUUUGCACCUUUUUACUAAUAAAAGUAAAAUUUAAUGUUCCAUUUUAUAUUCUGUGCUGUGAAGUUCCUGACAAUUAAAAAGGCUUUGUCAAAAAGGCGUAAGUUGCGUUAUACUACUGGGUUGCUUACAUGGAUUAUUAUAGUGAUUGUUUUGCAGCUGAAAUAAGGCAUCUGCUUUUUGUUAUUGUUGUUAAUGACCCAGUGCAGGCUUCCUACAACUCACAAACAGAGUACUGAUAGUUUGGCUCAGAGUUCCAUUUAAUUCUUAUGAGAUGUGUUUUUCCAAGUAGGGUCUCCAGAGCAGUACUGACUUGUACAAAUUAAGACACAUCCAUCUCUCCAGAGCUCACUUAACUCUCAAUUGUUUAUGCCAUUACUCGGAUUUUGACACAGGAACUGGGGAAUGUACCAAAAUGUGUUGCGUCACUGCAGUUGCAGAAAAUUCCCAUCUUCAAAGUCUUGUUAAAUUCACUUUUGUAAGAAGUUAGUAUUCAACAGUAAAUAAACAAAAAAGUGUUUGUGGCUUGUCAGAUGAAUGCCUUAACUGCCUGAGCUCGUUCUAUUACAUGCUGUAGUCUUGUAUUUCGUUUGUAAAGCCUUAGUGUUUCUCAAACCCAAUUGUAUCAGAAAGACUGUGAUUAUUUUUCUUUUAAAGUUCCUAAAACUUUUAUUGUUAUUUGUAUUAAAGCCGUAUUCUAGCAUAGUGAAGG